CGCCGAAGUGCAGCCUGGGGGUUGGGAUCGAGCUGAGGCAAAAUAAUUGUUUGUCGACUCGAGACUGCCUUAAAUUACAAAGAUAUUUCAUAGACCCCACUGGUGCCUCCUGCUGUGUGAACUUCGUCAGAUUUACAUUACUGCCUGCUCCUGGUGGUUGUGUCGGAGUGUGAGGAGCUGACGAGAUGGAUCAGAACAACAGCAUACCGCCUUUUCAAGGACUGCCGUCGCCUCAGGGUGCCAUGACCCCCUUACAGAUGUUCAGUCCUAUACCAUAUGGCUCGGGCCUGACACCCCAGCCAGUACAGAACACAAACAGUUUGUCUAUACUCGAGGAACAGCAGAGACAACAACAGCAGCAGCAGCAACAACAAGCAGCGCAGCAGGCCAACACAGGCCUUCCGGGGACAUUGGGGCAAGCACCUCAACUGUUUCAUUCCCAGACAGUAGCUGGUUCGACCACGACAGCGCUCCCAGGAAAUCCCCCGCUCUCUAACAACCCAGUAACCCCCAUGACUCCCAUCACACCAUCUACACCUGCCUCAGAGAGCUCUGGAAUUGUACCACAGCUACAAAACAUAGUAUCUACUGUAAAUCUGGGCUGUAAACUGGAUCUGAAGACCAUUGCCCUGAGAGCCAGAAAUGCCGAAUACAACCCGAAGCGUUUUGCUGCUGUCAUUAUGAGAAUACGAGAACCAAGGACCACUGCUCUCAUCUUCAGUUCUGGGAAAAUGGUCUGUACUGGAGCAAAAAGUGAGGAACAGUCAAGGUUAGCAGCUAGAAAAUAUGCUCGUGUGGUGCAGAAGCUUGGGUUCCCCGCCAAGUUUUUGGACUUCAAGAUUCAGAACAUGGUGGGCAGUUGUGAUGUGAAGUUUCCAAUUCGACUGGAGGGAUUGGUUCUCACUCAUCAGCAGUUUAGCAGUUAUGAGCCCGAGCUGUUUCCAGGAUUGAUUUAUAGGAUGAUCAAACCCAGAAUUGUCCUGCUAAUUUUUGUUUCUGGAAAAGUAGUACUUACAGGGGCCAAAGUAAGAACUGAGAUCUACGAUGCAUUUGACAACAUAUACCCCAUUCUAAAAGGCUUUCGCAAAACAACGUAGAACCUGGAAAUUACUUCCCCAACUUUUUUUUUUUUUACUUCAAGCUCUUUUUUUCAAUAAAUGUUGAGCUCCACAGGUAAGGCUGUAAGGGCUGUUGUACAAUGUUGUGACUUUUUUUCCCAAAAAAAUUUUAAACAAGAUUAUAGGUCCAUUUUCCUGUUCUUUUUUCCUGCAUUUUUGUUUUUGUUGCUCCAUCACACGCAUAAUUGUAAAUACAACUGUAAGAAAAUGUAAAAUAUUGUUGAGAAAAUCAGUCUUGAUUGAUCUGUUUUAUUUGAAACCGUUUUAAAUACUUUUGUACAUUGCUUUUCUUUUUAAUUUCUCAAGUUUUAUUGAUACAUGCACAAAUCUGUUCCAACUCCUAAUUUCCAAAGCCUAAUUUCCUGAACAGUUAUUGAGGAUUUAUACCCUUAAAAUAAUUAAAGUUGAAUUAAUGUAAAUACUCUCACUAAAGUUUUCAUCAGGUUCUUGCUUGUCCACCUUUUAUUUUUUUUUUGUAUUCUUUUAUUUUUUAACUUGGUUUAGGUACUUCCAGACUUUAACUUUUUGCUGAUCGGUGUAUUUGAAACAAGCAUUUUACUUAAAAAGACAGAUGGUCUUUUUUAUUACAGAAAUAAGUAUUUAAUGGUUAAAUUUGAGCGUGUACAUAUAUUUUUGUAUUUCAUUAGUGGGAAAGUGACUCCAACUGCAGGAAUAACUUAUCCGAGUUUUAAAUAAAGCACCAAGUGGCAGUAUGUUGGCAGAAAAUGUUUGGAAAGUUUAAAUAGUUUUUGUUCAUUUCAUAUUUUGGAUGCGUGUUAGCUGUUUUACCUGUUCUGGUUGUCUUUUUAUUUGGACACUUAAUUAUUUUUAAGUGAAUGAGCAAUGUACACUUCUUGAUGUGCUUGUGUGUUGAAUACAGAUUCAACUUGUCACACGCAACAACCAUGAAAACAUUUUGCAGUCAACUCAGUGUUUGUUACACAGUGCAUUAAAGUAACAUGUUUGGUCAAGUACGGUAUUUUCACCAUCUCUCUCUUCCAGCUGACGUCUGUGCUGUCUGCAGAUUUAUUAGAAAGCUUUUUAGAUCAAAUGCUUCUGAAACCAUUCGUGCUGCCCAGUAUAUUAAUAAAGCUGCACAUAUUAACAUUAAAUGUCUUGUUUUUGUGAUAACAUUUUAGUUUUAGUCUGCAAAUUAAUUCUUGUUCUG